GUCGCUUUGGACUGUUUUACCUUCACUUAUCCAUUUCUAGUACCUUUCGCAAUUGUCACAUUUAUGCCAUGCUCUUGUUAAUUUGUAGUUGUCGUCGCAAUUAAAGAUUUAAUACAUUGGGCGAAACAUGUUCCAACGACUGAAAGGGGCCAUAGAUUCCCGCAUUGCUGAAGAACAAGCUCGUGCAAAAGCGGCUCCUCCUGUGGCAAGGUCUGCAUCAACAGCUCGAAGGUCCAAUUCAAGAACCGAUUCUCCCGCAUCGAAACCAAGGCGACCUCGGCCGAAGGACAAUGAAGGCUCAACUGCGCGAGGUCCAGACCCUUCCGAAUUCGAGAACGCCUUUGUGAUAGAGGACGAGUCUGAGGGGCCUUCUCGCGUAGGAACGCCUGCAAUUGGAGAUGAGAAAUCACCUCAGUCAGCGGACACAAUGACUCCCGCUACGAGCGUGUCUGGGGAAGGGGGAGAGAAAGCAGGGGAAGCGUCUGCAGAUGCGCCAGCAGUUCCGGUGCCGGUUGAACUACCUCCAGAUGUUCGGACAAAGUUACGGAAGCUCGAGAAAAUGGAAUCUAGAUACGCGGACCUUCUGCGAUCCUACCGUAUAGCGCAUGCUCGAGCAGUUUCGAUAGAGCCAUUUGAGAAGGCUUUGAAGGAACACACACCACUUGCGACGAUUUCCGACCCAGAUGCGCUGGUAGAGUACCUGAAUCAACUCAAUCUGAAAGGGGAUAUGGUCAUGGAUGAAUUCAAGCGGGUCUCUGCCGACCGGGAUGAAUACAAGAAGAAGUUUGAGCAAUCCGAAAAAGAGGCUUCUGAGGCCAAGGAGGAGCUCGCAGCUCUCAAAAGUGCUAGCGGCGCCAGCGCCGAUGCCCAAGCUGAAAAAGCAGAUACUGCGAGCAUUGAUACCCCGACUGCAUCAGUAAAGUCUCCGGCUUCUUCUGUCAUGAGGAUUUUCUCUCCGAAACAGAAACCCGAGACCACGGACAACAAGGACAUCAGCGAAGAGUUCUUUUCAUACGAUGAUGAAAUUCCAAGGUUGCAGACUGAGCUCAAGGAGAAGACUGCAGAGGUUGAUGAGCUUAAAACCAAAGUCUCGUCUCUUGAAAAAGACCUGGAAACCGCUCAAGAGUCAAGUUCUGGGCUAGUAAGCGACCUCGAGAAAGCCACGAGGGACCUCAAUGCGUCAAGAGAAGCUGUUACUGAAGGACAAAGCCUUAGAGAGAAGAUUGAAUCCCAAACGGAGGAGAUCCGAGUCUUGAAAGACAAGUUGCAGACCACAGAGAGCCAGCUAGCAGCUCUCGAAACCGAUUUGGCGGAUCAAAAGAAGGUGUCGCAUGACAAGAUCGCAUCUUUGGAGACAGACCUUAUCAGCCAGAAGGAGGCAUCUGGAAAAGAUCUAAAAUUCGAAACUGAUGCCCGCAAAGAAGCCGAGAAGCUCCACAAGAAGGUAGAUGCACAAAUCAAGGAGCUAGAAGCCGCCAAAGCUCUCGACCUUAAGAGGAUAGAGGAGCUUUCGGAGGAGAUCAAAUCUCUGAAUAAGCGAGCCGAGGAGGCUGCAAAUCACGAAUCAGAAGAAUUAAGCAAAGUCGCACCCACGCCAACGUCCGAAGCACCUGCUCAGGCAGCAGCGACAGGAGCAGCGAAGAAGAAGAAUAAGAAAAAGAAGAAGGGUGCCAAUGCUGCAGCAUCUGCUUCUAAGGAUGAACCAACAGAAACAGCCCCGGAAUCAGUGCCAUCAACCCCAAUCGCCACCGACCUGCAAGCCGAGGUGGAAAGGUUGAAAGCAGAAGUCGUAGAUCGUGAUUCACAGAUUGCAAAGCUACAAAGCAAGCGGAAAACAGAGGAAGAAUUGCGUGAGGAGCUCGAAAACAUGCAGGAUAAUUACCUCAAUAUCGGCCAAGAGCAUGUGGAAGCUAAGGAGUUGAUCAAGACUCUCCGACAAGAGAAGAAAGAUCUUGAGGAGAAGAUUGCCAAUCUGGAGAAGGAAAUUGAUACUUACAAGACUCAAUCCAAGGAUUCAGAAAAGGCUGAAGCAGACUUGAAGUCUUUGACAGUAGAGUACGAAGAAUUGAAAUCAAAGUCUGCCACUCUUCAGACCGACCUUGGAGCAGCCCAGCAAUUGGCUACCUCUAGAUACAGGGAUUUAACGGAUCUUCGGGAUGUCUUGCAGAAAGCCCAACCGGAGCUCAAAUCUUUACGCACCGAGAAUGCGACUCUGAAGGCGACCAAGGACGAAUUAGCUGCCAAGACAUCGGAUCUUAGACGUCUGGAGGCCAGAGAAAGAGAUCUUAGAUCAGAUAUCAAUAGCUUUAAGAAGCAAGCUGGUGACAGCCAAAACGAGAUACGGACGCUGAAUGAAAAGGUCACACAAGAGACCAACGCCCGCUUGCGGGCCGAAGAUCAAAAUCGUGUUGCACAGCGUGACAUGAGAAGGGCGGAAGCAGAGAAGAUUCAGCUUGCAGCUUCUGGAGAAAAAUCAUCCACAGAGCUCGCCAAGGUUCAAGAAGAAGCUGGGAAGCUGAGAACCAAAGUUCGGGACCUUGAAGAACAAGUUGCGAAACUCACCAGUGAGUCCAAGGGGCUCAGGGAAGAAGUUGAACUUCGUGGAUCUCAAUAUAACAAUGCACAAGGACUACUAGGUAGCAUGCGCGACCAAGCCGGUGAGAUGGCUAUGCAACUCAAAGAAGCAAAGGAGCAGACUGAAUCACUCGAGGAGGAAUUAGCCGAAGUUCAACGCCUUUUGAGUGAACGUACUCGCGAGGGCGAGACGAUGCGACGUCUUCUCGCUGACGUCGAUGACAGAGCAGACGCCAAGGUUCGGGACAUGAGAGAACGCAUGGAAGCCGCAAUCGAGGAGCGAGAUCGUGCAGAGGACGAAGCUAGCACGAAUGGCAGACGCAGAGCACGCGAAGUGGACGAACUCAAGGGACGUAUCAGAGACUUCGAACGUGACCUAAAGCGAGCCAACGAUGAAAAGGGAGAGCUUGAACACGCUGAAAAAGAAUGGAAGCGCAAGCGCAACGAACUGGAAGCCGUCGCCGAGAAUGCUACCAAAGAUGCUGGGGAAGCCCGCUCUGCCAUGACCGAGCUUCGCAAUGCCCUAGAUGGCAGCGAGAAACAAGCUCGGGACACUGAGAAGCAACGAGCUGAUCUCCGCCGCAUUCUCGAUGAGGCUAAUCAGAAAUACGAGAAGUUGCAGAAGGACUUCAGAGCACUGCAAGCCAAACAGUUGAAGCUAAACGAGAGUAGCUCGAGGAGUUCACUUGACAGCGGACGCUCGAGUACGCCGGUUAAUGGGUCUGCACAAGCCGGGAAGAUGGAUUAUGUGUACUUGAAAACCAUUCUCUUACAAUUUUUGGAGCAGAAGGACAAGAAGCGGCAAGCAGAUUUGGUCAAGACCGUCCUUGGGCAGCUAUUGCAUUUUGAUAAAAAGGACCAAGAAAAGUGGAUUGCGGCGAUCUCCAAGUAAAAGUGGAAAAUGGUUGUUGUGGAACGGCAUAAGUGGAGUUCAUAUGGGACAAGCGAUUAUUCAUUAACUAGCGAGGGAGAACUGAGACGAUAGAGAGCAGUUCUUGGUGGGAAGGAAUCUUUGUAGAAUAGGCGAGUUG